AUGGAAGAGGACGACGCCACGGAUGGCGGUGGUGGAGCAGGCGGCUCCGGAGGAGGCGUCCUUGAGGACUGGCCGAAUGACGAUGAGGAGGAGAACGAGCCGCGUCACCCGCACGGCGCCGACAAGGCGGGCGCGAGCUCUUCAGCCGCGCCGACUGCCCCAGGCGGCGCGCCGAAGCGCCGAGCCGACUCGUUGCUGUUCAGCAGCCGGCCGAAGAAGCCCAAGAACCCGGCCGCCGCAACCAAGUGGCGGGAGGCCGCCGCGAAGGCGGCCCAAUUCCAGAAAGCCCCAAAGCAACCCCCGAUGGUGUCCUCAGCGGCCGCCGCACUGCAGCAGCGCCUGGGCGAGGUCCAGGCCGAGCUGCGCACCAAGGAGGAGGAGUGUAGCAAGGCGGCCCAGGAGUGCGACCGCCUGGUCAAGGAGCUGGCGGACCAGGCGGAUCGGCACAAGGCGGAGCUCCAGAAGUUGAAGGAUGUCUUCUUCCCUGGUCACGCCGUUACCGCCAGCCAGGCCAUCGAGGCUCGCCGCGAUGAGCGAAGACGGGCUGGUGCACAGAUCGCACCCAGCGCGCCCCGGACCCUCAGCGAGCAGCUUCUCCCAUCUCAGCCUGCUCAUCGGAUGCUCCGCCGCAUGCAGCGUGUCGGGGCCCAGGAGGCCAGCGAAGAGUUGGUGGCGGCGCGGCCUGCGCUCACUCAACGUGCGGCAGCGAUCGCCGAGUACACCAACACCGGUGUUUUCAUCCCCGAGCUGGACGAGGAGGGCGCCGAGGUGCCGCCCAACUGGUUUGGGCUGAACCCGGUAGGUGGCGAGGACUCAGCGGAGGAGAUCACCUCCAACGAAGAGGGCGACGACAAAGAGGGCGAGGAUGGUGAAGACGACGCACCGGAAGGCGGAGCCGACGGCCAGCUCCAGCCCGAUCGAGCCUCAAGUAACGAGCUGCGUGUGAGUGCGCCGACUGCUACUGAUGCUGACCAGGCUGAGACCCGCCAGGUGGCCACUCCACCAGCCGGUGCCGCCAACUCCACCAACCUGUCGGACCCGUCUGCUGCUCCUCUGGCCUAG